CUGGGUAUGAAUUUUUCGACGCAUGCGAAAAUGAAUACUUCCGCUUCCUGUAAACACGACGCGGAGAAAACGAACGUCAAAUUUUCAACAUGGGGGGAGGCGAUUUGGUAAGUUUCAAGUUAAAAUACCAAGCGAUCGAGCUUCUAUGAGGUAUUUUUGAGAAUAUUUUAAUGGAAAUUAUUUUUUAUUUGACUCUUUUCCUGUUUUAAACAGAAUUUGAAGAAGAGCUGGCAUCCACAAACGUUACGAAAUGUGGAAAAAGUGUGGAAAGCAGAGCAAAAGGCUGAAGCGGAGGCGAAAAAGAUCGACCAGCUACGAAAGGAACUGGAGGAAGAGAGGGCUAGAGAAGGGAUGCAGAGACAUGCAGUGGAACAAGGAAUAGCUAAGUGAGUGAAGGGAUAGAAGAUACAGAUGUAACUGAUUUCAGAGAAAAGGGCUAACUGCAUGAAAACUCUUACUGCUACCAGCUUGUUCUGAUAAUUCGAUAAGUUUGCUGCGUUCUUCAAUCCAUGAAGAUCUGAUUUUAAUUCUCUUCUCUUGCUGCCACAAAUUUCCUUGUAAAUUAGUUACGAUAAAAAGGUGUUAGAUCAAGAUAACUUUUACGUGAUAAGUUUUGAGCACUCUCAUUACUUGUUUGGCCACGGUUGAUAAUGUAUAGUUGUUAUAUUAUUAUAAGUUGCAUUUUAUUUACUUCUGUGAGUUCAAGGGUUAACUCCCAAAGCGAUCAAAUGUAACCUACCCUCACAAUUUCAAUAGGUUAUUCUCCAAGCAAGUGAGGAGAAUAGACAGACUUGACAGUUUUGCUAGACUAUCUUAAAAUAACAUGAAAUUAUCAUAACCUAUUUACAAGGAAGUGUAUAGCAGCUACAAGGAAGAUUUACCAAUUAUAUCUUGGUGUUAAUCUACUGUUGUGUGUCCACAAAUGGUGCAAUCUGAUUGGCUGCACUACCUGCUCUCACUUCCUCGGUACUAAGGAAAGUGAGUAACCUAACAGAAUUUUAAAAUAAAAGUAAAAUGAAAACAUGUUAACUUGUUAAAUUCGGAAAAAGAGGAGAUAUAUAUUAAAACAAUGAAAUGUUUUUCUCUUGAUUUUUAUAGGUGAUAGUUUCUUGGUGUGUCAAUCCUAUCAACCAUCAUGCUUUAUGAAUCUCCAGAUUGGGAUCUAAUUUGUUAAUUAUGCCUUGUGGUAACUUUUUUUUUAUCUUGUAAUUGCAUCGCAGGAAAAAAGGAGAACGGCUUGAUUGGAUGUAUGCUGCAGCUGCAGGCCAAGUGGAUCGUGAACUGUAUCUACUGGGAAAAGCUGUUGAUAAGGCAGUAGACCCCAUGGCACAGGAUGAUGAAGAGGUGUGUGAAAAACUUUAAGCUAUGGUUUACAAAGCUCAGAGAAUUGUACAAAUUUUGAUCAAUUAGAAAGCAUUUAUCAUAUUUCUUUGGUCCUGCAGCAAAGCUGGAACAGUUUUGACUUUAAAAACUGGGAGAAAUCCAAAAUUCUGAAAGCCAAAAUUAUGUUCACUUGAUGAAUGCCUUUUUUUCACCUUGUGAAAUUCACUUGUAGCUGGCUCUUAGCAACACCCCUAUGUUUUGAAUUAUUCCAAGGCUGUUAGUAGGAAAUGUAAUAGAUGUAUGAUCUGAACUGGGUUGACAACUUAUACAAGCAUUGUGUUUGUGUAGCAAGCAUAGUGUGUUGCAAAGCAACAUGGCCUUCUUGGAGGGCCAGGCUUUGUUCCCAAGAAAAAUUUGAAAUUUUAUACUCUUUCAGUUGUGUUUCCAGUAUUCUGAGACAUAUUUGAGUAACUUUUUUUGGUCAGACAUUGAUGUUAGAAUCAGUUCAAAAAUACUCAUUUUUUGUCCUAGAUCACAAUUCACAAAAUAGCAAGCACAAAUGAUCUGACUGCAAGCAGCUUUCUUCUGCUUACCAGCUUCUAAAGACAAACUUGUAUUUCUGUUGCAGGAAUCAUCUGCCCCAGGUGCCUCUUUCAUGAAUGACACCACUGCCAACACAGCAAAUGACUUGGCAGCUAAGGUGCGAGACGAUCCACUGUUUCUGAUCAAGAAGAAAGAAGAGGAGAAAAGGAAAGAGCUGAUCAAUAAUCCUGUGAAGAUGAAGCAGUUAAAACAAAUGCUUCAAGCUAAUUUGGAAAAGUCAAAGAAGAAGAAGAAGAAGAAAGAUAAGAAAAAGAAAAGUAAACAAGAAAGAGAGGAAAAGAGAAAGAAAAGGCAUGCUGACACAAGCAGUGAGUCACAAGAAGAUGAAAGGGAAGUGACACCAGAAAAUGGGAAAAAAAGAAGUGGUCGAGACAGAAAAAGGAGUGGUGAUACAGAUGAGAAUUUGAGAGAAAUGUUGAAUGGAAAGAAGAAAAGGAGAAAGGAGAGACACAGAGAUAACAGUGAUGACUCAGAAGAAGAUGUGGGAGAAAGAAAAAAAGAAAAUGAGAAAAAGAGAUCAGUGGAAAAUGGAAAGGAUGUGAGGAAUGGUUUUCACCGGGAUCAGCAAUAUUCACAAAGGUAAGUUGCUGAUUUAUGAAAAGCAGUUACAUCUAUUAUCUGUUCUCCCAUGGACCCUGUCACCUGUCUGUUUUAUUAAGUGUAGGUAUUUUUUACCAGAAAUUACCUCUUGGUCUCUCCCGGGGGUGAAAGGGCCAACCAGUCAGAAUGCUAUGGUAAUUUUUCUUAGAAGGAGAAUUAAUAACCCAAAUUCAUCUGGCUUCAGACUUUGCUAAACCCUUUUCACCUGUUCUCUUGACAUUUUCUUUAUUACUGACAAAGAGAAUUUGUUUUAUGAUCAGGAGCUUCUUAUCUGGAGAUCAUUUCCUUUCUUCUUAUGACCUUAAUCUGUGAUUUGGGGCUGAUAUUGUAGGGAGAAAUUAGAUGCUGGUCACCCUAAGGAGUUGAAGCGUUAAGGAAAUUUAUUCAACAGUUAAUAAUAAUAAUAAUAAUAAUAAUAAUAAUAAUGAUAUUGAUAGAAAAUUUACAUAUCGCUUAAGACUGUGUACACAUUCAAAAGCACUUUACAUUACAUUAAGGAUCAUAGGCUAGUAUUAAUCACUUUCCUAAAACGAAAUGUUCUAAGUUGUUUCUUUAAAGUAGCCAGGCUGCUACAGGAUCUGAUUGGUAAGGGCAACAAGUUCCAUAAGGCAGGAGUAGCAUGAGCAAAGGCGCAAUCCCAUGAAUGAGAUCUUUUUGAUCCAGAUAAAGGCUAAAAAACUUUGCCAUCUGAAAUUUUUUUUUAAAGGAGAAGAAUUGAUGAUGAGAAUGAAAGAAGGACACACAGAAAUGGAGACCAUUUCUCCUACAGACACAGGUAAUGAAGGAAUUAAAUUUGUUUUUAAACAUGGCACCAAGCUCAAUUUUUUUCAAACCCGCCAUUUGGCGACCUCAAAACAUUAAGUGGUGGCCAGGAAAAGAAAAAGAAACUUUGUGGAAUAUUAAAUGAUGUACUUAAUCUUUGACCACACUGCUGUCUUUGGAGUUGGUAGGAGAGUUGUUUCUUUUUUGUUGAAAGUUUAUCUCAGUUUGAGUCUAGACCAUAAAUCUUAGUUUUGACAUUUCACAAAUUUACAACUUGCUUAAUGACUGGUGAACAGUGGCCUCGAAUUUGGUUUUCUAUUCUCCAUCGUGACCAAAACUUCCGCGGCAGAGACAAAUUUCUUGUGUACUAAAUGCGUUACACGGCUUAUAUCUUUAGAUCUCCCAUAAAGCGAAGGCCUCGAAUGUGGUCUCGAUCAAAAUCACCACAAGUUAGGAGAGGAGAUGAGAGGAGAGAUGAAAGAAGAGAUGACAGAAGGCGAAGACGAAGCCCGUCAUCUUCGCCAUCAAGGAGCAGAAGGAAUAGAGUCCCAUCACAGGUGGAGAGAAGAAGGCGCUCUCCCUCACCAUCUCCUCCUAAGAAUUCACGAAGAUCUCCUUCACCGCGCGGAGCAAAACCAUGGCAGAAAAGGGGAUCAGCAGCUACAAAGUAAGCCAUGAUCAAUUCAUUAACUUUCAUCAACAGAUCAAUCAGGAUUAGUCUAUACAAAAAACGCACUUUUUGUUUCUAUCCCGACAUCCAGCUUCAUAGCUCAGUUCGUUCAUUUAUAAGGGCCAAUCAGCGCGGCCCAUUGAUGUUUGCCGUUGUUUAUCUUCGGCGUCUUCUGCAUCAAGCACCAAGGAGUGUGUGUAGCCUAUCGCAAUUAACUCUUCCCCCCCCCCUCCCACCCAUUAUUUUGUCCAGUUUCGCUGACAUUUGGCUGGUACUCGGUUAUACUCCUAGGUGACUCUAUGAAAAUAAAGUUUCUUGCUCAAGAACACAGCACAAUGACCUAGCGAGGGCUAUUUUCGUAUUCUCUUUUCAUAGUGAAUGAACAGAUCGGAGACCUCGAAUUUUAAUUUCCUAUAUUUCUUUUUCUCAUUCGAACAGACACAUGGACGAUGAUGAGAAACAGAAGCGGCUUGCCGCCAUGAUGGAUAAUGCAAAGUACGUUUUAUUUAACCCUUUAUUUAACUCCCAGAAGUGACCAAGGCAGAGUUUCUCCUCACAAUAUCAAUACAGUAUCAAGCAUAUAAGUGAUGAGAAUGAAAAAAAGAUAUCAAUCAAGAGAUUAUUAGUUGAUCCAAUACCAAAUUCUCCGAACUAAAAUCAUAAGAAUUGUACGGUCGACAGUGAGGAGAAUUACUAAUGAGAUCUUAGGAAUGAAAGGGCGAACUUGUUUACCCUAGAAAUUUGUUUGCUUUCUCAGCCUUCCUACCCUUAAGUUACAACUUGUAGAAUGCUUUUCUAUCGAGUGUUGGAAAACCAAAACCAGAGCGUCAAUGAAAAUUCCGAGGAAAAACAAACGAAUGACCUAAAGCGCGGGAAAACGCGGGUUAUCAAGUGUUGAUUGGUUGUAGAUGUGUAUCUGAUUGGCAGUUAGGUUGUCGCGAGGUUUCCAAAUCAAUCACAGAGAGUAGAGCGGUUUUUAAUUGACUGUUCUAAUACCAAACGAGGGUAAUCACACGUACCAAUCAGAAAGGUAAACAUCGUCGUUAGCCAAUGAGGAAACGAAGAAUAUAGAGGCAAACUGCUUAAAGUGCGGGAAAACGCGGGUGACCUAGUGAUGAUUUGUUUUAAUUUUGCGUCCGAGUGGUUGAGAUGAUGGCGUGAUUUUUCUUGACCAAUUUUAAAGCGAAGUAAAGUAUCUCGGAUUACUUUCGACACCUGAUUGAAAAUUAGUCGAAUGAAAUGGAACCAACGUCAUCCUACGUAUGCAAAGUGUAGCAACUGGUUGCUCUAGUUAUAUAGCAACCAGUUGUCGACAAGCAAAACAAGCCAAAAAAACAUCUUAUCAGGAGAAAAUCUUAGAGUUAAAGAAGGCAUAUCUUAAGGUUAGCGGGAGGUGAAUUAUGUGAUUCCACAAAUCGAGACAAAAUCCCAUUUCUUAGUAAGGUUUUGUUGCAACUAGUGUCUUGAACGCUUAACGUAUUUUUUGUAAAACCAAUUUUCUUUCAUUGCACUCACCUAGGUGGCGGGACGAGCAGCGCGGGAAAAAUAUUAAGCGAUACAAAGUAAGUAACGAACGUUUCCAAAAAACUGGCCAAGGUUACCGUGAACCACCGACGUUACAAUUGUGCUGUGUCACAACCAUAGUUAUUGCAACAGCCAAUCACGAUAGAGGAGAGUUACAGAACGAGCCGAUGAGAGUUCGCAGACAGAAGAACAUGCCAUCACGUCAUUGCUUUUCACCAGGAUCUCAUUUUAUCUUGAAAUGUAUUUCUUUCCAGGAAGAAGACGCGAAAUUGGAGGAAAAGGAAGCUUUGGAUAAAGAUAAAAGUGCCAGCUUUUUACAGUAAGUUGAACUGUGGCUAAUGGUUUUUUUUCUUUUAGAGGACAUAUUUUGUCGACGUGAAAGUGAUUUUUUAAUGGAUUGUCGAAUAUACUGGAUUUUACCUCUCAGGCCGAGUUCAGACAUCGAACCUUUCAUGGUUUAAAUAGCCUUUUGACUCCAAAGAGUGACAGGCAUCUAAUUUCUCCUUACAAUAUCACCCCUGAAUGAAUAAAGGAAAUGAUCACUAACCAAAGAAGCUCUUGAUUUUUAAACAAUUUCUCUUUUUCAGCACUUUAAGAAAUGUAUAGAGAACAGUUAAAUUUUGGUGUCUCAACUCGACCUCAUGAAAAACUGCCAUGGUUCGAAACUUGAUACCACUCUUCCAUGCACAUCAACUUUGAGUUCUCAUUGAAAUAGAUGUCGGAACCCACACAAAGAUGGCGCUAUUGUAGAAUGACUUCUUGUUGAUGAGGGAUACAGCUUAUUGUUUGAUUUAUUUUACCCUCAACAGAGAGAUGAAAAUUCAGUCGUUCUCUUCUAAGGAAACCUCCAGUGUUGGUGACCGCAUUCGUCGAAAUAUCAAUUCUGUUCAGAGGACAUCAGCGGCACUGGAGUCUUUCCUUAGCAAAUAA